GGUACCUGGUAAUGUGAGGGACCGUUUCCAGCAUUUGUUUACGUCUGGUGGCGGAGACGUCACGAUCUCAGCGUUGUGAAGACGUUUAAGGGCUCUGUGGUUCUUGUCAAGAUGGAUAUAUCGCUGUUUGGGAAGAGGUCCGAGGGCGAUGACGAUUAUUACUGUGACUUGAGCGAUGAUGACGAUAUUCUGUGCAGCUCGAAAUGUAUCAGUUCAGAUGAAGAUGAUGAAAAGUUUUUCAUAGUACCUGCAUCCACAAAAAUACAAAAAAAAGUUAGUAAUGAGGAUGACAAUGAUGAUUUUGAGAGAGAAAUGGCAUCGGAGCUCUCACAGACUAUGAAACGUCUCGCUACAUCCUUCAGCAAGAAUAAACCACAGACCAGCACAAAUGAAACAAGAAGUAGCCAAGGAUCAAAACUUGGUGAUAAAGAGAAGGAACUUUCAGAGGAUGCAUCAAACUUUUACGAUGAUGUAUAUUUUGACUCGGAUGAUUCUGAUCCUGAGGUUUCAUUUGCAGCUGCUGAGACUUCAAACAGAGCCUUCAAAAGCAAGAAGAAGGAAAAGCGGCGAAUUCUGACAGACGAUGAGCUUUUUUAUGACCCGACAAUGGAUGAUAAAGAUCAGGAAUGGGUAGACAAGAUGAGGAGAUCUUAUCAACCAAAAAAAAAGAGAUCCACAAGUCAACUUGACACAUCCAGCCAGCCUCAGAAGUUGCCUCGUAGUGAUGCAGUGCUCAACUGUCCAGCAUGUCUCACUACACUCUGUAUGGAUUGCCAGAGACAUGAGGUAUAUCACAACCAGUAUCGAGCGAUGUUUGUUUUUAAUUGCAAUGUGAACAUGAUGGAGAAUCUGACGUUCCCGAGGAAAGACCAAAAGAAGCGUGACUUUUAUAAAAAUAAGAAGAAAAAUAAAAGUAAACAAAGGAUGAAGCAAGAGGAUGCCCAGAGCUCUCAAGCUGGCAGUGAGAUUCUGCAGGUGGAGCCAGAUGGUGCCCAGAACUCUCAAGCUGGUAGUGAGAUGAUGCAGGGGAAGCCAGAUGGUGCCCAGAACUCUCAAGCUGGUAGUGAGAUGAUGCAGGUGGAGCCAGAUGGUGCCCAGAACUCUCAAGCUGGUAGUGAGAUGAUGCAGGGGAAGCCAGAUGGUGCCCAGAACUCUCAAGCUGGUAGUGAGAUGAUGCAGGGGAAGCCAGAUGGUGCCCAGAGCUCUCAAGCUGGUAGUGAGAUGAUGCAGGGGAAGCCAGAUGGUGCCCAGAGCUCUCAAGCUGGUAGUGAAAUGAUGCAGGGGAAGCCAGAUGGUGCCCAGAGCUCUAAAGCUGGCAGUGAGAUGCUGCAGGUGGAGCCAGAUGGUGCCCAGAGCUCUCAAACUGGCAGUGAGAUGCUGCAGGUGGAGCCAGAUGGUGCCCAGAGCUCUCAAGCUGGCAGUGAGAUAGUACAGGCGGAGCCAGAUGGUACCCAGAACUCUCAAACUAGAAGAGAGAUACCACCGAUAAAGCCAGAUGAUACCCAGACUACCUCUGGAGUGGGUCAAAAAAACAGUGCCAUGGAUAUUGAGGAAACAUGUGAAGUCAAUAUUUCUUCAUCCCCCACCAUAGUUGCCCCACAUACUGGUGCCACUAAAUCUUCAUUACCUAAAAAAGUUACAUUUGCAUGUAGUGAAGAUGAGUUAUUUCACCCAGUUACGUGCAAAAUUUGCAAUACAAAGGUUGCAGUUUAUGAUAAGGAUGAAGUUUAUCAUUUCUUUAAUAUUGUAACAAGUUAUUGAUAUAGUAUCCGUGGUUCCUCAUCUCUUGUCACUAUCAUGCAGAAAUUGUAGUUCUACCCUUUGGAGUCACUGUUAAUCAUGCUGUUGAUGUACCAUUGAUUCUUAUGAUGAAUUCAUGCAAAUUUUUGAGUUUUGAUAGUCAUGAUAUUUUGGUUUUCAUGCUAUUCUCAUUUACGGUAAUUUUGGCAGAGUAAAAGGCAUUUUAAGGGCAUGUCUAUGAUUGCUCCUGCCAUGGAGACUUCAGAUCAAAUUUAUUACUAACAUUUGUGGUCUGGAUCUUAAACAUCACAAAGCCAAUGGCGUUGCAUUGAUUAUGUGCUGAAGAAUGUAUAUAUUUGUCUUGACAUAAAAAAAAAAUUUAGAACUUUUAAUAUUCUGUAACUUUAUAAAAUCAAAAUGUGAAUAAGUUAAAUUUUGUUUAAUGUUUCUGUAUAACAGUUACAAACUACAAGCUUAGUAACGGUCAUUGGGCGAGCCCUGUAGACAGUGGCACUACCACCAACUUUAUAUUUUUUAAACUGUGGAAAUAAAUUGGCAAAAUUAAAUAAUGAAUAAUGAAUUGGGUAUUGGCAUUUAAUUAUUUGAAUUGCCUUCAAUCACUUUUUCCACUUAAUAUGUUGAUGUAUUAAAAUAUAUGUUAAAUAAAAUGUACCAGUUUGGAGGGUAUAAUAAUGUUAUUUUAUUCUACUUAUUGUUAAUAAUGUCUUAAUUCAAGCAUAGAUGGCUGCUGUAUAUUAGAAAAUAAAUAUAUAAACUAAAACUAAAAAGA